CAGAUACGCUACGUCUCGCCAUCCACUAGAAUUAAAGUGUGGAUCCAUCUUUAUUAAUACACAUGUAAAUCUCCAAAUCUGGAGAGGGGUUUAGUCAAGAAACGUAGAAAGAAGAGAGAGAGGAGAAAGGGGGAAGAAAUGGGAAGAGGGAAAGUGGAAGUGAAGAGAAUAGAGAGCAAGAUCAGUAGACAAGUAACCUUCUCCAAAAGAAAACGCGGUUUGCUCAAGAAAGCCUACGAACUCUCUGUUCUAUGUGAUGCAGAGGUUGCUCUUAUCAUCUUCUCCAGCAGUGACAAGCUCUAUGAGUUCGGCAGUGCCACGAUUGACAAAACCAUUGAAAGGUAUUAUCGCUGUAAGAACAUUUUGGACAAUAAUAGGCUUGAUAAGUCUACACAGAGCUGGUGUCAAGAUUUGAUAAACCUCAAAUCCAAAUAUGAAUCUCUUCUUCGCACUCAUAGGUAUUUGCUUGGGGAAGAUCUUGAAGAUAAGAGUGUAAAAGAAUUGCAGACGCUCGAGAGAGAGCUUGAAGGAGCUCUUUUCGCGACCAGACAACGCAAGACACAGGUUAUUACUGAAGAAAUGGAAGAGCUUCGGAGAAAGGCAAGUGUCAAGUCGUUGUAUUAAUAGCAUAAUAUAUAUAUAUAUAUAUAUUAUAUUUGUAUGUAUGCAUUAGUACUAUAUAAUGAUUUGACUUAUAAAUUGCAGGAGAGGCAGCUCGGAGAUAUAAACAAGAAGCUGAAGAUUGAGACAGAAGGUCAUGGUUUCAAAGGCUUUCAAGACCUAUUGCUAUGUUCGGCUGCAGCAGCUGGUUCCACUGAUUUUACCUUGCAGUCCUCUCACCAUAACUCUAUGGAUUGCAACGUUGGAAACUUCUUACAAUUCGGGUUUCAACAACAAUACGAGCAAGGUGGCGGAUCUUUGGUAGUAACGAGUAAUGUGGGACGUGACCAUGAAACCAACUUUGUCCAAGGAUGAUGAGUUCCACAACUUGGUAUUGACUAAUGUAGAAGUCACGACGGAUCGGUCAGGCGAUACGGCUACAUCUUAUGUUUCACGAUUACUGUCUUAUUUGUUUUCUUUUUCUUAUUAUGGGACCUCUUAUUACUGACUUAGCAUCUUGGACAUAUAAUUUAUUUAUCUGACGAUUGGCUAAGGCGUGAGCCACGUUCCUAUGCUUUGGUUACCUUUCCAUUCGGUAAUCAAUUUUUUUUUCCACGUUUUAUAAGAAAAUGCGAUUUUACUUUCUC